CUCUCUCUCUGUUCUACAGACUCACUUCUCUGUUGAUGUUUUUCUGUUAUUAUCGAUCUCUCGUCCGUGAUGACAAAUUGUCUGUUUGUUUUUCUCCCCCCCCCCCCCCCCCCCCAGCACCUGCGUCUGUCGGUGAAUGAGAGCGGCCAGUGCCACGUGCACCACCUGUGGUUCCACACCGUCUCCGACAUGCUGCGCCACUUCCACGCCCACCCCAUCCCGCUGGAGUCGGGCGGCUCCGCCGACAUCACCCUACGGUCCUACGUACAGACGCAGCGCUGCCCCGCCGCAGACCUGCCCUCUGUCCCCCCUGUCCUCGCCCCACCCAGAGACCCGGGCUGCCGGAGCGACCCCCCCCAGCCCGGCCUGCACCUCCCCGGGGUCCCCCCGCCAGGCGACGCCCCCCCUCUCCACCAGCUCCUCCUCCUCGCCCACCGCCCUUCCUGCCCUCUCCCGCAGUGACCCGGGGUACCGGAGGAGGAGGAGGAGGAGAGGAGCAGGAGAGCAGGAGGAGGAGGAGGAGGAGGAGGAGGAGGAGGAGCAGGAGGAGGAGGGCUGCACAGCAGGAGCAACAGCUCCGAGCGUCUGCUGGAGGCCUCUAGUGGCGGCUCGGAGGACUACCACGACACCGAGGGCAACCGCCGAACACGGGCCGUGGAGAACCAGUACUCCUUCUACUGAGGGCCCGGCCGGGGGCCAGGGAGACGGGUUCUAGAGGGGGGGGGGGGGGGGGGGCCGGGGGGCGAGGAGGGAGGCGUCGGUGCUGGUUACGUUCCAGAACCCCGUUUGGUUGCAGAUGUGGAGGUUCAGCUGAGGAAGUCGUCCUCUGGAGUCAUAUGGCAUUGAUUAGCCUCGUCACACCCACUUCCUGGACACGCCUACCCACAAUCCCCAGGAGCGGGGCCUGUGGCCCGGACUGAGUGGAGAGCCCCCCCCCCCCCCCCCCCCCCGCUCCAUGUUUGUGAAGCUGCUCUCGUUCCGCUCCGGACGUGUCCCAGCCCUCCCUGUGGACGGUUGUGAGUGCCCCGCUGGAGGUCACGUCAACACCGGGCCCGACGGCGUGGUCCUCCCGCCCCAGCUGGCCCCCCUCCCCGCGGUGCCGAGAGGGUCCCGGCGCCCUCAGAGGAGCCUGGAUCCAGUGGGGCUGAUGGGGACACCAGGUGGGAGUGUGGUCAGCCACUACAAGCCGUUGGACGAUGGAUCCGUCUACCAGCCUGCCCAGUGGACCGUAGCGAACGUUGCUCGUCUAUCCGUCAAGACCUAACGGCUCAUCCUACUCGCACCUGGUGGUUUAAUCCGUCACCUUCAACAAGGGGGGGGCCACACUGCCACGCAGAGUAACACGGUGGCUGAUGACGAUGCUGAUUAAUUGUAACGUAACAUCUGAAUACGCAGAGCGCUCACACCACCAUGGUGCAGAACUGAGAAGGUAUCAAUCAGGCGGCCGGUUAAAUUAUGAAUCGGCUUCUGCAUCACAGUCCGGAGAGCCGCCGUCUCUCAAACCGUCUCGUUCAUGAAGAACCCGUCAGCGCCUCGGAGCGUCCAUCGGGCUGAGCCUCUCCUCGUGAUCAUGGAAGCAUUAAGAGACUCAAGAUGGUUUCCCUCCAUGAGCAGAGUGGAGCUCCGAGGUCCGGACCCAGCCUCAGGGCAGAAGGGGAUCCACUCCCGGGUGCAAAACCAGUGUGGGGGGGGUUGACUAAGAACCGGACUCGUUACUGAUGGACGUGCUCCUGAAGCGUCCCCCCCGUCCCAGGCAGGGUCGGUCCCCCCUCCGGUGGGAUGAGCAGCCGAGAGACCCCCCCCAGGGUUGCCAGAUUGGACGGGAAAUCGGGGCCAAUCUGGGAACACGGCCUGUGUGUCUAGAAGGGAGGCCUUGAGAGCUCCGGUGCACCUCACCCAGCAGGAGGCGGGGAGAUGGACGGACUCAGAGUGGGGACCCCCGGAGUGGGUCUGCUGAGGGGCCACAGGACAGUAACAAUAGGGGCGUGCUGGAAAGAUCCGUGGAUCUCUAUUGAGGAGUCGUUUAGUUUUAGUUUGAAAAGACACCUUCACCUGACUCUCUGGGUCCAGGACUUUUAUGCAAUGGAAAAAUAAACUCACUUUUGCACCUUUGUAAAGCAUUUGAACCCCCCCCCCACCCCCAUCCACAUCCACCCCUUCCCGCGAUACAGCCGUCACAGAAGCAGUGCACCUUGGCUUAAUGUAGAUGUAGAUGGAAUAGAGGUACAUGCUUUCCACAGCAUUUUUUGUUUUGGAUAGGCUAAACUUGCACAAGUGAAUUUACAAAUGUUGCUGGUUACAGGCAGGUGUGUAUAUAUAUAUAUAUAUAUAUAUAUAUAUAUAUAUACCCGCUUUAAAACAAAGAGCACAUGAGUUGGAACGACCGCACCAUGGAGAUGCUUCUGUCUUUUCGACCAGGGUCACGUAGUUCCCGUUUAGGGGAUGGAAGUCUUCAGUCCUGUCAGACUCACCGGGAGCUGCAGAGACAGCUAUAUGUGCCAAUUUAAAUCCUAUUUUUUGAAGUAUUUAUUUCUCGACAGUUUGAAAAUACUUUUUCCAAUCUAGUUUUGUUUAUGUACAAUUUGAUUCUCCGUGAAGAAAUCUCCUCGGUUGGUCACGAGAGAAGAUGGGUCAUUUUCUUUUCCUAACACUAGAGCUGAUUUCUGUUGUUUGGCUGAGUUUUGAAAAGUCUGUGCAGUUUUGUACAAAGUGAUGUACUUGACAUUCUACUUUAUAUUUCUGUGAAUAAAACGUGAUCGAACGGUAGCAAAA